AUGCCAUGUUUAAUGAGAGAGCAUGGGAAAAGAGAAAAAGACCUCUUAGACAUUGGAGGUCCUGUUACCGAAAGGAGACUUCAGUUUGGUCAUUAUGAUCAGUCAAUAAACGAGGUCAAGAGAAGAAUGUAUUUCAGAUCAACUCUACGACCAAGCUUAUGGUUUGCUGCUAGUUUGUGUCUUUUGAGUAUUGUACAAACAAGUUAUCGUAAAGAUUAUUUCAAAAACCUUCUAACAUGGAAUAGGACCGUUGAAAAGAUGUCGGUAGGAAGCUACGCAUGUUCAUCUGGUGAAAUUAUUAAACCUCAUCUGGAUUUAUAUGCUGAAAAGAAAAGAAUUUAUUUUAAAAUGAAAGUUUUUCAACAGCCUAUUGACAACACAAUUAAUAUUUUGUGUGAUCAAACUACAAUAGACGUCACACGUUACGUUAACAACACAUGUUAUAAUGUCGAUGGAAAAUGUAGUAACACUAUUUGUAAGUGCAACGUAUCAAACACGGGUUUCACAUCGGCAUAUCGAACAGCUUUUUUCAGCAAUUGCACAUCAUUUGGUAUGGAAUAUCGAUUUGCAAACGGAAAUGAUGGAGAGAUUAUAAAAGUUACUUCUUUCAAAAGUUAUAAUGGAUUAUAUUUUGGUCGGCUUCAAAUACAAUUAGCAAGUUUAACUAAAUGUAAUGAAGAUAUAAGUGAAUGUUUUUCCUGUUUCAGUGUGUAUACCGGGUUGUUUGUACUUGGUACCAUAAUAGUUUUAUCACUUAUUGUGUUGGUGAAGAAAUCAUUUUUCCAUGACAAGAUUUUGAAACUUAAAAUUAAUAAUUGCAACAAAAUAGCUUUGCAACGAAUAAGAGCUAACAGGCAGGAAACACCAAAUUGUUCAAAAACGAAAUGCAGAAUGCAAGAGUGUAUCCUUCCUCGAGAUGGACGAAAGGAACAGAAACUGAAAGAUGUUGUAAUGGGUGUUGAUAAUGCCUCAAAAUGUAAAUUAAGAGAUUCUAUGCAAGUCGCAUCUUCAACAUUGAUUAACAUGUCAUCUAAAAACAGAAAUAAGCAAGAUUUAUCCACGAAAUUCAAAGAAAACAUAAAAAGUCUAAUAAAAAAAGUGCUACAACCGAGGACUACUGUGAACCGUUAUUAA